ACACACACCUCUUGAAAGGAACAUUCGGAACCUCGACAUCAUUUGCAUCUUGCAUCUUGAUCGUUUCUUCUGGACAGACAACGCAGAUUGUUCGUUUCAAUAAUCCGUGGUCAGACUGUGAGUUGCUAAUUCUCGUUUCUACUCUCGACAAAUUGCCACAAAUCCUCCCUCUUCACUCUCGUGAUGAACCCUUGCCAAGACAAUUUGCACGUCAGUAUGAGGAUCCUUACAAAAUUUACCGUACGGAUCUCUCCAUGGUCCCGAGGGCUCUUCCUUUGAGGAGAUGUCCAUGGACCGUGGAGUGAUCUAGGUAGACGGAUCCGAGGCGUAAAACACUCGCGCAUUUUCUGAAAUUCUACCCACGUACCAGUUCUUGUUCACCUUUGAUCCGGAUACUCUCGAUCAUGUCGCUUACUCUCAUCUUCUCUGGUUUGAAAGGCGACACCCCUAGUAAUUCGAAUCAAAGGCGCGAAAAAAUCGCCCAAGAUGCCUCCCGACAAGCGGAUCUUGAACGCUAUGAAGCGGUCCGAGGUGCACAGGAAGGAGAAGCGGGCAAAGGCUCAGGCGAAGCUGAAACGGAGGAUGGAGACCAGAAAAACCGAGCGCGAAGACCCAGAGGGUGACAAGGCUCGAGAAGCCCGUCUGGCCAAGAAUGUACCUAGGACGCUAGACAAUGCUCGUCAGUUCGACGCCGGGUCAUACCUGACGGCAGAUCCUACUAGCGCGGCGUCAUUGGCGGCGAGGUCGAGGUUAAUGGGCAAGAAGAAAAAGGUCGAGGUGCCGGUAAAGAGCGAGGGUAGUGGGAGCGAGGAGGACGAUGAUGAGAAUGGAGCGGGUCCCGGGCCUUCCUCGGCGGCGAGAAUGAAGAAGCGUCAGACUGACGAGGAUGAGGACAUGGAGGACAACGAGGGCGAGGCCGAUGCCGAAGAGGGCGAGCAGGAUGGCGAGGACGAGACGUCGACGAAACCGUCCCCCUUCCCCACCGGACCGUUUUCUGACGAACCUCCCCGGAUCCUCUUGACUACAUCACCUCAUGCCACUCAGGCGACCCACGCGUUCAUGGGAGAGCUGCGCUCCGUCUUGCCCGGCGGCGAAGUGUACAAGCGAUUAAAGGGGAGAGGGUUCGAGGUUGGCAGGAUCGCCAGGUGGGCCGCAAAGAGGGAGUUCAAGGCGAUGGUCAUCGUCAACGAGGACCACAAGACACCGAACGCUAUCACCGUCAUCAACCUCCCGGCAGGGCCAACCGCCUAUUUCAAGUUGACUAGCGUCGUCCUCGGUCAACAGAUCAGCGGGCACGCUCGUCCUUCUCCUCACUCUCCCGAACUCAUCUUGAACAACUUUUCCACGUUGCUGGGUAUGAACGUGGGAAGAUUGUUCGGGUCCCUCUUCCCGCCCAUGCCUCAGUUUAGAGGUCGACAGGUUGUCACGCUGCAUAAUCAGCGUGAUUUCUUGUUCUUCCGUCGACAUCGAUACAUGUUUGCGUCAACGGAAAAGGCUAGGUUGCAGGAGAUUGGACCUCGAUUCACCUUGAAGCUCAGGUGGUUGAGAAAGGGCCUACCCAGCGUCCUGGCUGCCGACGGCGUGGCACCUAGGAGCGGAGACAAGGCCGAGUCGGAGGACGAGGAAGACGCGGACGAGGACGUCGAGGAUGCCGAUGUGGACAUGGAGAGGACUGACAAGCCAACCGUGGCCGGCGAAAAUGAGGAUGACGAUGAUGACGAGGCCAACGCGAACGAGGAGGAAAUCAAGGGCAAGAAGCGAAAGGAUAUGGUCAAUGGGGUCAAGAUUCCCGCACUCGACGAGGAACAGGAGUACGAGUGGAAGUGGAAGCCCAAGAUGGAAGUCUCGAGGACGACCUUUUUCAUGUAGACCUCGGCUUCGAUUGUUUUGUUUUCGUGCCUCCGUAGCAAUCAGCAACGCCCUGUAUCAUCGUCCCUUUCCCUGAUGUUCCGGUUGUAAUCCAUUAGUUGUAGCGGAUGAGACGUCCUCCUCCACAAUCUGUCUCAUUUCUCACGGG